CGAAAAGCUAAUAUUCAACAUUUCGGCUAAAGCCCAACUCCGAUGUUUUCCAUUCGGCUCUGCCUUCCAAUUCAACCUUCAUCGUUUUCCCGCAUCCAAAACAGGUUGUUUUUCGAUUUUUUUACUAAAAAAAGAAUCUUACAUUUGCACCAAGCUGGUGAUAAUUCAAAAUUCGAAUGCAAUAGCUGAUUUCUUCCCCAAGCUGCGUAUCCCAUUAAUUGGCCUGCUCGACUUCGUGCACGAGUGACGCAGAAUGGAGUGCGUUGUUCAGGGAAUUAUCGAGACCCAACAUGUGGAAGCUCUUGAGAUUCUACUUCAAGGACUUUGCGGUGUUCAUAAAGAAUGCCUAAGGAUACAUGAAUUAUGCAUUAAAAGUGUGUCAAACUUAGGGUUAGUAGGCUCUGAAAUUCGCCUCAUAUGUGAUCUUGAGCAACCUGAACCCACUUGGACUGUACGACACAUUGGCGGAGCAAUGAGAGGAUCUGGUGCUGAUCAGAUCUCAGUUCUAGUGAGAACAGUGGUAGAAAGCAAAGUGAGCAAGAACGCACUCCGAGUCUUUAACUGCCUCGGCUACAAAUUAGACCACGAGUUAUUGAGAGUUGGGUUUGGGUUCCAUUUCCAGAGAGGAGCAAACAUAACUGUCACCGUAUCGUCCAUAAAUAAGAUGCUUAAACUGCACUCCACGGAUGAUGCUGUACCUGUAACCCCAGGCAUACAACUAGUCGAAGUGACGGCACCUGCAUCGUCUGAAAACUACUCAGAAGUUGCUGCUUCUGUUUCUUCAUUCUGUGAAUAUCUUGCACCGCUGCUGCAUUUGUCGAAACCAGGCAACUCAACUGGGGUUGUUCCUACGGCUGCGGCAGCUGCUGCUUCUCUCAUGUCUGAUGGUGGAGGCACUAAACUUUAGUGCAAUGUUUAUGGCAAUUUGGCUAUAGAUCAAUAAAAGCUUUCAGAUCCUUAUUGCUUAGGGCUGGCAAUAUCACUCGCAUCCGUGGAUACCCGAUCAAUCCGAAGAAACAUGGAUGAAAAAUGGAUGACGGGUGGAUUGAAAGACGGGUUGGAUCGGGUGUGGAUGAACACUCAUCCAACCCAUCACCCGACCCGUCAUCCGCUCCAUCCACUCGCAUCUGCUGACCCGCAUAUAAAUAUAUAUACAUAUAUUAUAAUAUCUAUUUAAUAAAAUAAAUUAAUAAUAAUAAUACUAAUACUACUACUACUACUACUAAUAAUAAUAAUAGUUAAUAUUAAUAUAUUAACAGAUACUAUGUAACAACGAAGUAGCAUUGUAGCGACUAAAAUAGGAGCCCGACCCUAAUCCCGUUGAACUGCAAAAAUAGUUUUGUGUUGAUGCAGAAAUGUAGAAUUGACAACUUGAAGAAAUUUUAUAUCUAUUUUGUUUGACAAUUAGUUCUUUAUUUAUCAUCAGCAGUGAAUUAAUGAUUGUAAUAUACUUAAUUGCUCAAGUUUUUGUAGUUAUUUUUCAAUGAAUUCUUAAU